CCCAGUUUCCAGUGCAUUUUGCCUCUAGCUGGAUGGACCAUUCCUUACCUUAUUGGGUUCCUAAUGAAUAGAGAAACUUCUGGGGCUUGUCUGAUUUAGGAAGGGUCUGUAGUUACCCCCAAACCCUUUCUAAUGAAAUCUUCCAGGAGUCUAGGACAAAUGAUAAAGGGAUUACCCCCAUUUUACAGGUGGGGAGACUGAAAUUCAGCAAGGGGCCCCGUAUUUGGUGGUUUUUUAGUUUUUUGGGGGUGAGGUGAUGAAGGGAGCAAAUGAUGAUAAAAACUUUUGCCUAGAGGAGCUUCCAAAGACCCCUUCUGGUCUUACCAUCCCCACGGUCAGGAAACCUUCCCAGAUUCUGAUUUCAUUCCCACUUGGUAGAGUCAAAGCUUUGUCACUCAGUGGGGGUUGGAAGAACAGCUGCGUACCCUCCACUAUGCAAGCAUUAUGUCUUGAUUUCCUCUUUAUCCACCCUGCCCCUCCCCAGUCUGAAGGCUGCUGGCUCAGCGGGCCUCCUGCCGUCUGGGGAGUCUGGGUUUGAGCUGGGGUGAGGCGGUGGCACCAUCGUUAUGGUAACGAGCUGCCAGCUCAUCAUUGCUAAUAACUUGUCAGGCCCCUGGGCUCCAUGCAGCGUCUCUUCCUACCAGCCCUUCUUCCCAUGUCACAGACAGAAAAAGUAAGGCUUUGAUGGAGGGGUCUGGGAAUAAGGGAGUCUGGAGAAGUGGGUGGCCUUGUCCCUGGGGCUGUAGCUGGAGAGCUGUGGGGAGGCUGCUUGGAAGCUGGUUUACACAUGUGGUUACAUAGGCUUGCAUAUGAUUGCGUGGGCUAACAUGUGAAAACACUCAGAACAUGCUUGUAUAAACUUAUACAGGCUAGCUGACAUGUUCAUGUGUUUUUACACAGCAGCCCACAGGCAAACAUGCUUCCAAGCAUCAGAACAUGCUUGUGCCUGAAUACUGUCUCUACCAUCUGCACAUAAGGCACCCAAGAAAUCUGGGUUUGUGGGGGUGUCCAGGUAUGUGGGUGGGGAUCUGAUCUUUUUCUGAUGCAGCUUCAAAGUGUCUUGUUAACAAAGGGACAGAAUGGUCCCAGGGUUCCUUCUUCUUCCUUCCAGUUAAGAGCUCAGAGUGGAAGUGGGCUGGGGAUGGUGUCGGGGGCCCAAGCUCCCAGCUCCCAAAAGCCCCUGCUUCUAUGCCCUUUGAGCUCAGGUAGCCCCUGCCCCCCUCACUGUCUGUUCUUUCUCAUCCUCUCCUCUUCCUGUGUGUAAAUAUUAAAGAGCUGAGCCUGCAGGGCUGAUGUAGACAUGGGGAGAGAAUGAAAUUAAAAAGGAUUCCCUCGCCCCCAUCUCGACACCCCCGCCCCGCAGUCCCUCGCUCCUGCUUCUUCCCCUCUCCCCUCUCCCCUCCCCUCACUCAGUGCUUCCACAUGUCUCUCCUCCCCCCAGUCCAGAUGGGAGCUGGCUCCUUCAGAAAGGGGGCUCAGAACAGGGUGUGGGGAGCUACCUCUCUCUGCCUCCCCCCACCACAUCUGUCUGCAGGGCUGGGAGCCCCCACGAUUCAGUGGUCCUGAGCCUUCUGAAGUUAGGCUUCUGCCUGGUGGUGGGGAUCCUGACAUCAAGGAUGGGACACCCUGGAUGGAGGUUCCUGGGGCCUGGCCCCCAAGACUAUGAAGAGCCUUUGCUGAGGCCAUGAGGGGUUACCAUGGCGACCGAGGCAGCCAUCCCCGCCCAGCCCGCUUUGCUGACCAACAGCAUAUGGACGUGGGCCCUGCUGCCAGGGCCCCAUACCUGCUGGGCUCCGGGGAGGCCUUCUCCACCGAGCCCCGCUUCUGUGCCCCGAGAGCUGGCCUGGGACACAUUUCUCCUGAAGGGCCCCUGAGCCUGAGUGAGGGGCCGUCGGUAGGCCCUGAGGGAGGUCCAGUGGGGGCCGGGGUUGGGGGGGGUAGCAGCACCUUCCCCAGGAUGUACCCUGGCCAGGGCCCCUUCGACACCUGUGAAGACUGUGUGGGCCACCCACAGGGCAAGGGUGCCCCCCGCCUGCCUCCUACACUCCUGGAUCAGUUUGAAAAGCAGUUGCCAGUUCAACAAGAUGGCUUCCACACACUACCAUACCAGCGAGGGCCAGCAGGGGCAGGGCCCGGGCCAGCGCCAGGGACUGGCACUGCCCCAGAGCCCCGCAGUGAGAGCCCUAGCCGCAUCCGGCACCUGGUUCAUUCUGUGCAGAAGCUCUUUGCCAAGUCCCACUCUCUGGAGGCGCCGGGGAAGCGGGACUAUAAUGGGCCCAAGGCUGAGGGAAGAGGUGGCUCUGGAGGAGACAGCUACCCUGGCCCGGGCUCCGGAGGCCCCCACACCUCCCAUCACCACCAUCACCACCACCAUCACCACCACCACCAGUCCCGGCACGGCAAGAGGAGCAAGAGCAAGGACCGCAAGGGGGAUGGGCGGCACCAGGCCAAGUCCACAGGCUGGUGGAGUUCCGAUGACAACUUGGACAGUGAUAGCGGCUUCCUGGCGGGUGGGAGGCCCCCUGGGGAGCCUGGUGGUCCCUUCUGCCUGGAGGGUCCAGAUGGGUCCUACCGGGACUUAAGCUUCAAGGGGCGCUCGGGCGGGUCGGAAGGCCGCUGCCUUGCCUGCACUGGCAUGUCCAUGUCACUGGAUGGACAGUCGGUCAAGCGAAGUGCCUGGCAUACCAUGAUGGUCAGCCAGGGCCGGGAUGGAUACCCGGGGGCCGGGCCAGGCAAGGGGCUCCUGGGUCCGGAGACCAAGGCCAAAGCCAGGACUUAUCACUAUCUGCAGGUGCCGCAAGAUGACUGGGGGGGUUACCCCACUGGUGGCAAGGAUGGGGAGAUCCCCUGCCGCAGGAUGCGGAGCGGCAGCUACAUCAAAGCCAUGGGGGAUGAGGAGAGCGGAGACUCAGACGGCAGCCCCAAGACAUCUCCCAAAGCAGUCGCCCGACGCUUCACCACCCGUCGCUCCUCCAGCGUGGACCAGGCCAGGAUCAACUGCUGUGUCCCACCCCGGAUCCACCCCCGGAGCUCCAUCCCUGGCUACAGCCGUUCCCUCACCACUGGCCAGCUCAGCGAUGAGUUGAACCAGCAGCUGGAGGCCGUGUGCGGGUCGGUGUUUGGGGAGCUGGAGUCCCAGGCCGUGGACGCCCUGGACCUGCCCGGCUGUUUCCGCAUGCGGAGCCACAGCUACCUCCGGGCCAUCCAGGCCGGCUGCUCUCAAGACGACGACUGCCUGCCCCUCCUCGCUACCCCUGCCGCUGUCUCAGGGAGGCCCGGCUCCUCCUUCAACUUCAGAAAGGCCCCGCCCCCCAUCCCGCCGGGAAGCCAGGCCCCGCCCCGCAUCUCCAUCACCGCCCAGAGCAGCACCGACUCAGCGCACGAGAGCUUCACGGCGGCCGAGGGCCCCGCCCGGCGCUGCAGCUCCGCCGACGGGCUGGACGGCCCCGCCAUGGGUGCGCGCACACUGGAGUUGGCGCCGGUGCCGCCCCGGGCCAGCCCCAAGCCCCCCACACUCAUCAUCAAGACCAUCCCUGGCAGGGAGGAGCUGCGGAGCCUGGCGCGGCAGCGGAAGUGGCGGCCGUCCAUUGGGGUGCAGGUGGAGACGAUCUCAGAUUCGGACACCGAGAACAGGAGCCGGAGGGAGUUCCACUCCAUUGGCGUGCAGGUGGAAGAGGACAAGAGGCGAGCAAGGUUCAAGCGCUCCAAUAGUGUGACGGCUGGCGUGCAGGCAGACCUGGAGCUGGAGGGCCUGGCAGGCCUGGCCACGGUGGCCACAGAAGACAAGGCCCUGCAGUUUGGACGCUCCUUCCAGAGGCACGCCUCUGAGCCCCAGCCUGGGCCCCGGGCCCCCACCUACUCAGUCUUCCGCACGGUCCACACGCAGGGCCAGUGGGCCUACCGCGAGGGCUACCCACUGCCGUACGAGCCGCCGGCCACCGAUGGGUCGCCCGGCCCUGCCCCCGCCCCCACCCCCGGCCCUGGGGCCGGCCGCCGUGACUCCUGGAUAGAGCGCGGUUCACGUAGCCUCCCCGACUCAGGCCGCGCAUCCCCCUGCCCACGCGACGGCGAGUGGUUCAUCAAGAUGCUGCGGGCAGAGGUGGAGAAGCUGGAGCACUGGUGCCAGCAGAUGGAGCGUGAGGCGGAGGACUAUGAGCUACCCGAGGAGAUCCUGGAGAAGAUCCGCAGUGCUGUGGGCAGCACACAACUUCUCCUGUCCCAGAAGGUUCAGCAGUUCUUCCGGCUGUGUCAGCAAAGCAUGGAUCCCACUGCGUUCCCUGUGCCCACCUUCCAGGACCUGGCGGGUUUCUGGGACCUCCUACAGCUCUCCAUCGAGGAUGUGACCCUCAAGUUCCUGGAGCUACAGCAACUCAAGGCCAACAGCUGGAAACUCCUGGAGCCUAAGGAGGAGAAGAAGGUCCCUCCGCCGAUACCAAAGAAGCCCCUGCGGGGCCGGGGCGUGCCGGUGAAGGAGCGCUCCCUGGACUCCGUGGACCGGCAGCGGCAGGAAGCGCGCAAGCGGCUCCUGGCGGCCAAGCGCGCCGCUUCCUUCCGCCACAGCUCGGCCACCGAGAGCGCCGACAGCAUCGAGAUCUACAUCCCCGAGGCCCAGACCAGGCUGUGACCGGUCCGGCCCGCCCAGCCCGGCCCGGGCCCGCGGUUCUCCACCCGUACUGUACACCCAGCGUCGAGGUCACUGUGAACGCGGGCCGCCCCGUGCGCCCGCCCCACCGGCACCGCACGCCCCGGCCCCCGGGCCCGUCACACUCUCGUGGGUUUUUUACCUUCCUGAUCCCACGCGAAGGCGCCCGGGCUGGGCAGGGGGCCGUGCCUCUCCGCCCUGCGCCCCUCACCUGGAUCCCUUGCCCACCUGGUCCGACGCUUUGUCCCCACCUCCUCCCCAUGGGCACCAUCUCUGCCAUUCUUUCCCCCACGGGCCAGGCCGGGCCGGGUCCCUCAUCUGGGCUCUGCGUUCCCCCCCUCCCCACCCCGCGGGGCUGGGCUUCGUGGGGAUCAAGCUUCGUGGCUUUUUAUGAAGAAUCCCGAACCCUGCCUAGGAGCCCGCCCCACCCUCCCAGGGGCUCCAUCCUCAGCCCUCUGCCCACUGGGCCCAGGGACCACAGUGGCUGGACCAACCCAGGACCAGGGCGCCUGGGCCUCUCCCCUUUCCCAGCGGCUGGGGAGGGGAGAUGGGGGCUUCCCCUCACCACACCUGUGGCUGUUCCCACAUCCCCUUGAAUAUCCCAGGAAAAAUAAAACGGCAGAACGCACUCGAGCCAGCUGCUCUCUCCAGAAGAGGCCACCUCCGUCCCGUGUGUGGGAGGACGGGGGUGAAGGGAGAAGGGAUCGGGAGCCCACUCUCUUGGUUUGGAGACAGCAGGGGUUGCCUGAGCUCCUUCCAGGGAUGGGCCAGCUGGUGGAAAGGAGAUUCGGCCCCCUGAUGCCCACAGUAAGGGCCUGGACCCUCCUGGAGGGGCCCAGGUGGGGUGAAGAGGGGGAGGGUGUCAAGCUCUCCGUUCUUCCUAUUUCGGUGUAUCCCGUUCUGCCUCCCAGUCCGCAGGGUUCCCCCAGAGAGGGAAGUCAGGAGCUCGCCGGGCACGCAGCAUGUGCUCAAUAAACCGGGAGUGUGGUUAUUGUUAGGUAUUGACAAAUAAUUGGUUUCCCUUCCCCUAGGGGCACAAUGUUCCUUCUGCUCCAGUCAUUCCUGAUCAGCAGCAGAAAAACUUCAGUCCUGCCGCAUUUUCUGAUGCCUCCUAUGGGUGGCCACCUUGGUGGAGGCUGGGGUGGGGGAAGAGGAAGUACAAAGAACAGAGCUCUCCUGGGAAGCUAAAUGAAAACCAGAACCUAGUAUCGAUGGCUUUAUUGAGUGGUCAGUGUGGGUCAGGCAAGGGGUGAGUGCUUUACAUGAAUGUGGCUGAUCCUUACAAUAGAAGAGAAAGCCAAAGCUCAGGGCAGGUUACAAGACCUUUCUGAGGUCACAGGACUAAAUGUGGUGGACCCAGGUCUAAUGCCAAAUCAUGAGCUUUUAGCUUUGCAGGCUUCUUAGACCAGAGAGGGCUGAUGGCAGUCUCCACCCAGAAAGCCCCUUUCCACUCCUUGAGCAGUCCUUUGGGUUGGUGUGUCACCUCCAGGCAGGAGGAAAAGCCUUCAGGAUUGGCUGCUUUUCUGGGCCACACUGGGUCAGCUAAUUCUUCUCAUUCAUUUAUCCAGCAGACAUUUAUCACUUUGGGCGCCACAGGAAUAGCCCUGAACAAGAUGUAGUUUCUACCCCUAAUGGAGCUUAUGGUCAUAUGGGAAAAACAGACAAAUAAGCAAGCAGUUAAAAUACAGGAGUAAGUGCCAGAAAGAUGAUUAGAGAUUAGCUGCUGAAGGAGGGCCAGGGCUGGGAAGAAUGUUCCAAGAUCAGGGAACAGCUGUGCAAAGGCUUGGAAGAGGAAGAGACAUUGGGAGCACAGAGACUUGAUUAUAUCAGUGUUUGGGUCUCAUUGAGGCAGGUGGCCUGGGUCUUGUGGGCUGUAGGGAGCCAUAGAAGGGUUUUGAACAGAGGAGUGGCAUGAACGUUUUAUAGACUGGUUUGGUAGACAACUUUGGAAAAGCAAGAGAUGGUCCACGUACACACAUGAGCCUGGAAGGUGAGGAGGACUCUAAUGUGAUCUGAAUUCCCAAAAGCAGUCAGUUUGGAGGUGAUCCCAUACAGACUCCUGGGCCUGGUCCAAGACUUAGUGAAUAGACUCUGCCCUCGAAUAAGGUUUUAACAAGUGCUUCACAAGAUUCUGAGCAGCCAGCUUUGGGAAGACUUAAAUUGGAUGACUGUCUAAAGGUCUCCAGUAGAAGGGCUGGGUCAGUUUACCUCUCUGAGAUUGUUUUAUCAUCUCUAAAAUUGGGGGCAUGGGUGAGGUUUGAACUCAGAGCAAUGCUGUAAAACAGAUAUUGUUUUCACCCCCAUUUACAGGUGAGGAAAUGGGCUUGGAGAGGUUUAAACAGCUUACCUCAAACCAUGAAGCCAGGAAGUGGCUGAGUCUGAGUUUAACCUUUACAUUUACACAGCAUUUUAUGGGUCUAUGACUUUAUUCAUAGAGUUUUCUAUGUCUGAUGUGGAUGAGUCUCCUUUGGUUCUUGUGGCCUAGGUAGUUAUGCUGAGCCCCAUAGAUAGUGAAAGAUUAGGUCCGGUCCUUUUGCUUGAGUUGCUUACAGUCUGGCCAUGGCCAGCAUAUAAACAGAAAGUUAUGGUGCAAAGGGAGACCUGUUCUCCCAGAGGGGCCAAGGGAUUGAGAGGAGAGAGCCUCUAGCAACCAGGGUGUUUUAGUCCAUUUUGUGCUGCUAUAACAAUACCACAGGCUGGAUAACUUAUAAUGAACAGGUAUUUAUUGGCUCACAGUUCUGGGUGCUGGGGAAUUCAGUGUCAAGGUGCUGGCAACUUGUGAGGGCCUUCUUGCUGUGUCAUCCCAUGGCAGGUGAGAGGGCAAGAGAGGGCAAGAGGGAGUUGAACUUGCCCUUUUAUAAGGGUGUCAAUCCACCCAUGAGAGUGCAGCCCUCAUGGCCUAAUAACCUCUUAAAGGUCCCACCUCUUAAUACUCACAAUGACAAAUUUCAGUGUAAGUUUUGGAGGGUACAACCAUAGCACAGGCAGUCUGGGAAAGCCUUCUGCCUUGUGAGUUGGAUCUUGCAGGAUGAAUUAGCAUUUUGUAGUCAAGGAAGAGAAGGGAGAAAUUCAUUUCUGGCCAAGGGACCAACCUGGGCAAAGCCAUGGAAGCAAAUGUGUGUUGGGAAUGAAAGCAUAGGCUGGAGAGGGUGACAGGUUAUGGUGGCUGUGGAGGGCGUGGAGGAGAUAUGGCCAGAAGGGACCCAUAGAGUUGGGGGUGGGAGGCUAAGAUGGAAACCUCAUAGUUUUAUCUGAAAGAUAAAACUAUGGCCAAAAGAAAGGAAAUGGACUGGAGGGGGCAACAAGACAGUAGGGAGACCAUUCAGGGAGCUGCUAAAGUGGUCCAGGUAAGAGAUAAUGAUGUUGACUUUGAGAGACAUUUAGGAGGCAUACGUGCAGUAAGCUGGAUCUGGAGAAUAAUGCAAAGAUGGGACGCCUUGAAGGUGUCACUCAGAUUUCUGGCCUAAUGAAUGAGUAAUGCCACGAAUGGACAUAGGACAUUACAGAAGGAGCAAUACAGUUGGGAAAUACUUAACAUGUCAAUAACCAUUUACUGAGCACUGAGAAGGUGCAAACUACUAUGCCAAGCACUUUAUACACAUUUAGGUGAUUUAAUACAGCAACCCUAGGAGUGGGUACUAUUGUCUUUUUUUAAGAACAAAGAGUGUAAAUAGCUUUUCUGAGAUAAGCAGACAAGAGUCAGGAUUUGAACCCAUGGCUAUCUGAUUUCUAAGUCUAUGCUCCUGAGCCCCUCAGCAAUUCUGCUUGAGGGAACUGCUAGCCAUGACUCAAGACUCAGCUCAAGGCUUGGUUCCUCUAGGGAGCCUUCCCUGAAUCUUCCUGGCUGGGCUGAAGAUCCUCCUCUGUGCUGCGUGUGUAUACUUCUGUCAUCACAUUUCUUACAUUCUAUUGACAUUUUGUAGACCCAUCUGUUUCUUUAGUCAGAGAACUCUGGAGGCAGGUUGGUCCCAGUCAUUUUUGCAUCCCCAAUGCCUAGCACGUGAUUGGCUGACCAAAUGCCAGUUACUCUGGGCAGUUCUGUUCCCUUCUCCUCUCCACAUAUUCAGUUAGUGAACAGGUUCUGCUAACAACGGUCUCCUAAAUAUUUAUUUGUACUGUUGGGGCUCAGAAAGCGAUACCCCAAAGACUGGCGCUUUGACAUGCUGAGAGGCCUUCGAAGCUGCCUCAGAAUCAAGGUCCCUCUAACCUUCUCUCCCAAGUAUAGGGAGGCACUCUCUCUAGAAUUUCCUAAUCUGAUCGAGAAAACGUCUUUCCAAAAGAAACAAAAUUGCCUUCCUCCCCUCUCCGAAAUCUCAUCUAGCUCAGAAAAGAAGACUGAGGAAGGCAACUACGCCUGGAUGGAUUUUUCACAAGAUGAUGCCUGUUUCUCGGGCUCAUUCAAAUUCUAAAGAGAAUCAUUUACAAGUUAAUUUCUGUCCAUUUUUUCGCCCUAAGAAUCACUUGCUGCCCUCAGAAGAAUUGUCUAUAUUCUCCAUCUCUCCCCUUCCCCUAUGAAAAAGAGUGUAUACGCUUCUGUACCCCAUUGGGUUAUUGGGUAAUCAUUCUCCUGUGACCCUUCCCUUCCCACCCCCUCGCCCCCCCGCCCCGUGCUAUGCACGUUAAAAUAAAAUUUUGUAUGUCUUUUCUCCUAUUAAUCUGCCUUUUGUCAGUUGAUUUUCAGUGAACCUUGGCCCCUACAAUACUGUUCCCUUUUCUCCAUCUUCACUGCCAGAGCUUAGCUUUGAGCUGUUUGAGAUAAUAGAGGAAGGGUGUCUAAUGUGAUAAGCAGUCUAUGUAUGAGGCUUCCUCUGGAGGUGACCCUUAAGCUUGAAAAUUGUGCCAGAGCACAAUCUGGCAUAGUAAAGAAAGGUGGGAAGGGCACUACAUGGCCAGGCACGGUGGCUCAUGCCUGUAAUCCCAGCACUUUGGGAGGCUGAGGCGGGCAGAUUGCUUGAGCUCAGGAGUUCGAGACCAGCCCGAGCAACAUGGUGAAACCCAGUCUCUACAAAAAGUACAAAAAUUAGCCAGGCCUGGUGGUGUGCAUCUGUGGUCCCAGCUACUCGGAAGGCUGAAGUGGGAGGAUCACUUGAGCCCAGGAGGUUGAGGCUGCAGUGAGCUAUGAUUGUGCCACUGCACUCUAGCCUGGGCAACAGAGCGAGAUCUUGUUAAAAAAAAAAAAAAAAAAAAAAAAAAAAAGGCCAGGCGCAGUGGCUCACGCCUGUAAUCCCAGCACUUUGGGAGGCCGAUGCGGGCAGAUCACCUGAGGUCGGGAGUUCGAGACCAGCUUCACCAACAUGGAGAAACCCCUUCUCUAUUAAAAAUACAAAAUUAGCCGGGCGUGGUGGCGCAUGCCUGUGAUCCCAGCUACUCAGGAGGCUGAGGCAGGGGAAUUGCUUGAACCUGGGAGGCGGAGGUUGCGGCGAGCCGAGAUCAUGCCAUUGCACUCCAGCCCAGGCAACAAGAGUGAAAUUGAAAAAAAAAAAAAAGGUGGGAAGGUAGAUGAAAAAGCAUCAAUAAGGCACUGAGGUGUGAAACAGUGUGGUCUGCCGGGUUUAGUAUGUGCGAGCAAAAUAAAUAUGCAGGCUGAGAUUAGUGGGAUGAGGGUGGGAAGGGCCUUGUGGGAGCAUUAACAAGCUUGAGCUUUGGGACUUUUCUGUAUAUGAUAAAAUUGAUAUCUGUAUAGGGUACAGUGGGGACACAGAGGAGGAAGUGAAUACUUGUACCCAAGAGGUCAUGUAAGACUUAGGUUUUACUAUAUUUGAAUUAUUUUUACACUAACAAUAGCCACAUUUAUUUCCCUGCUGGCUGUGUGCCUGCCACAGUACUUUACAAAUAUUGUCUCUUCCAACCCUCACACCAUCCUUGCGAAAUGGGUGUUGUUACCUCUACACAGAAGGGGAAGGGAGGCUCAGACAGGUUAAUAAUGUUCCCAAGGUCACUAGAAAGCUAGCCCGGAUCCCAAGAGGUCUUAAAGCACUAAAAUAUACUCUUCUAAGAAGAGCUUCUUGAGGUCAGGGAUCAUGUCUUUUGUUUUUGCGUGCCCAGACCUAGGUCUUAGAAGACGCCUAAUAAACAUCAGUUGAAAAAAAUGACUGGAUGAUCUUUCACUUUUUCCACGCAGAAAACACGUGGCGACAUCACUGAGAAACCUCCCGGCCAACAGAGGGCGUGACGUCCAUUUCAGCGCAGUGGGGCCCAGUUGCGGACGCCUAGCUUCCUUCCGUCCUUUGGCUAAAGUUCAGCCAAUCCCUGCGCUCCGAGAGAGCCGGCGGCCAGUGGGCAGGGUCACAGGGCAAGGUCCCGCGGGCCGCUGGGUGCGGCGACUUCCGUGCUCCCGGCGAGCGGGCGGAGAGCGGGGGCCGCACUGGGGAGUGUGGGCUGGGCCGCAGGUGAGCGCGCGGUCCCGGCGAGCAGGUCGGGUCAGCCCAGGCCAGUAACCUCUGAGUUACGGGAGGAGUGAUCGCUAGGGUCCACCCCGGUCCCGGCCAGAUCUGCCAGCCCCCCUCUCUGGCGGGUGUUCUGGUGCCAAGUCUGGGAGCCCAGGUAGCCCUCCGCAGACAGGGCUUCUCGGCACCUCAAUGAGGACGGAAGUUGAUGAGGCCAUGAAUGAGGUGGGCUAGGGACAGGGGACCGGGAGCCUCACAGAAGGGAGAAGGGUAGCCAUUUGGAUGGACCCUCACCUCACUUGCGCUCCCAUUCCUGGACUGCGCUCGAGUGACUGUCAGGGCUAAUUCUUCCGCCUUCUCAGGCCUCCUGUGUCCUUGUUAGCAGUUCUUGAAUUUGGGACUACGGCUUCUGGCCUCGUUGGGCCUCCGGGCCCCCGCACUGGGGCAGGUUUCCCAGCAGCCCAGUGACCUUUACCGGAUGCUUUUGGCAGACGUCCUCCAUGCCGGGCUGGAAAUAUGCGUCACAGUGUUUUUCAGACACUUUUGCCUCUUUCAUUGUGAUACCCUGCCUGGGGACGACUAUGAUGGAGUCUUUAGGUUUUUGUAAUCAGCAAAGGCAUCUGUUAUGCUCCUGCCACCUUUUGGGGGAGAGUGGGUGGAGGAUGUUGUGAUUUUACACUAGGGAGUUUGGGCUGUCAUACAUUCGUUCAGGAGACCUUUUUUCGGCACUCUGCCAGGCAGGGUAGGAGAGGUGCCUGGAUGGAUAGGGCAUAAUUGGGCCAGACAGACACGGUUCUUAGCCUUUUGGAGCUUAAAGUGUCUUGAGAAACGCAGACAGGGUAAGCCAGCAUCGUGCCUGACACAGAAUGUCAUGUGGCCUGUGUUUUGGACCGUGGUUCGUACCUAUGCUCCUUAUGUCACAUUCCCUGUUGCCUUCGUGGUCGGGGCUGUGGGUUACCACCUGGAAUGGUUCAUCAGGGGAAAGGACCCCCAGCCCAUGGAGGAGGAAAAGAGCAUCUCAGAGCGCCGGGAGGAUCGCAAGCUGGAUGAGCUUCUAGGCAAGGACCACACGCAGGUGGUGAGCCUUAAGGACAAGCUAGAAUUUGCCCCGAAAGCUGUGCUGAACAGAAACCGCCCAGAGAAGAAUUAAUGGAGGACACAGGGCCCUAUGGUCCUACUGUGGGUGGUGACUUGUCCUGCUACCAUGUUGACAGAGCCCCAGAACCCACAUCUAAUUGGCUUUGUUGCUUAUUCUGGCCCCUCCCACACCACACAGCCACACAAAUACUGGCUGCUCCUUGAUGGCCAGGCAGACCCAGCAGCAGCCGAGGGGCCAGUGAAGAGGAAGGCUGCAUCUGUUGUGUGGUGGCCACAAGCACUCAGGCAUCUGAGUUUACUGGUGCACUGCUGGGAGGAGAGUUAUGAGAUGAACAUUGGCUGUCGAUCUCUGUGGGCAGGCGGUUUGGCCUCUAGUGGGAAUGGCUGGGAUUUGGGCGUUGCCUUUAGGAGGGAUACCUGCAUGUCUAGUUCCAGUCUGCACUGGAAAGAAUUCAAAUAUGCACCUGGCUCCCUUCACUAUUUUGCCCUAUCCUUUGUGCUCAUUCUUACUGAAAUCUGUCUUGUCAGCUCAGGAAUGGGAUUCCCCCAGGAAGGAAAGCAUUUUUCUGUUCUGGGAAGCCCAGACUGUUCACUUUGGGGCAGGGACGAACAUGUGCCUCGUGAAUUUGCUUGAAAACAGUCACCAUCUUCUACCCCCAUCACUGUAUAGUGAAAAACCUGAUUAAAGUGGUAUCUGAGAACCAUAAUGAUCGAAUCUUAUCAUCCAGAUGGUAUUUGGGGGUCUUCUUAGGAGUUAGGCAAGUACAGGCAUUUUAGAGCAGGAUAACAUUGGUAUUAAAGGGUGCCAAGGAGCCCUGGAAACUGCUUUACUAGUGCGGUUGCACUGAACCCUGGAGGCACAGAUUCCCAGGAACCUUUUUACCAUUAUUACAAUUGGCUGCAGCACCUUCAAGUCUAAAUGGAGGUAGACCUCACUUACACACACAUAGACGCCUUUCCCUGUAAAAGUAUAUACGCACAUUCAAGAAAAUUUGGUAGGGAUUUUAAAAAGGUCACCCAUGUUCCCAGCUCGUUAAUUAACAACCGUUAACAUUUUGUUGUCUUUUACUAAUUCUCUGCAUAGGUUUUAGAGAUAGUUAUCAUUACUGUACAUUUAAUUUUAUAUACUUUUCUCACUAUUAUCAUUUUUCCAUUUUACAUGGUCAUCAUAAUUGGUUUUUUGGAGACAGGGUCUCACUCUGUCACACAGGCUGGAGUGCAGUACAAUCACGGCUCAGUGCAGCCUUGACCUCCUGGGCUCAAGUGAUCCUCUCACUUCAGCUCCUCAAGUAGAUGGGACUACAGGAGUAUGCCACCAUGCCCAGCUAAUUUUUUAAUUUUUUUGUAGAACCAGGUCUCACUAUGUUGCCCAGGCUGGUCUCAAACUCCUGGGCUCAAGUGAUCCUCCGGCCUUGGCCUGUAGUUUCUUUUUUCUUUUUUUUUGGAGAUGGACUCUCAUUCUGUCACCCGGGCUGGAGUGCACUGGCGUGAUCUUGGCUGACUGCAACUUCUGCCUCCUGGGUUCAAGCGAUUCUCCUACCUCAGCUUCCUAAGUAGCUGGGAUUACAGGCGUGCGCCAUCGUGCCUGGCUAGUUUUUGUGUUUUUAGUAAAGACGGGUUUCACCAUCUUGGCCAGGCUGGUCUCGAACUCCUGACCUCAGGCGAUCCCGUCUGCCUCGGCCUCCCAAAGUGCUGGGAUUACAGGUGUGAGGCACCGUCCCUGGCAGUCUGUAGUUUUUUGUUGUUGUUGUUGUUGUUUUAAAUAUGGAGUCUCGCUGUAUUGCCCAGGCUGGAGUGCAGUGGCGCGAUCUUGGUUCACUGCAACCUCCACCUCUUGGGUUCAAGCGAUUCUCCUGCUCAGCCUCCUGAGUAGCUGGGAUUACAGGUGUGCGCCACUACGCCCGGCUAAUUUUUGUAUUUUUGGUAGAGACAGGGUUUCACCAUGUUGGUCAGGCUGGUCUCAAACUUCUGACCUUGUGAUCUGCCUGCGUUGGCCUCCUAAAGUGCUGGGAUUACAGGCAUGAGCCACCGUGCCUGGCUGUAGUUGUUUAUAAUAGCAACAUAAUUGUCUAUCAAGUGGGAGUAUGACAUAAGUUUAUCCUGGACAAUUUCCAUAUUGCUGGACAUUUGAAUUGUUUCUGGUUGGUCACUCAUUUAGAUACUGCAACGAAUAUCUUAUAUGAAGCUUUUCCUGCGUUUUGGAAUAAACAGUAAAAAUAGUAAA